UAGUCAAGAGGCUGGAAACAGAAAGCGAAGAAAAACAGGGGAGGAGAAGGACUAAACAAGAGAAGCAGAGAAAGGGGGAUGAUCAUAUCCAUAUGGUGGAGCUUGUAUUCUUCACUUCCUGGACAGAGAGAGAGAGAGAGAGAGAGAGGACUGGAAAACCAACAAGGAGUGAAAGAAAAACAACUGGAAACGUAACACAGUAACCUAGAUAUUUCUGAAGCUGAGAGAGCAUAUGACCGGGAGAGAACUGUAGAGAGCGAUUCAUAGCAUGUGACCGUGAUUUAGUUCCAGUUGUGAGUGGGAUGGCAUGGGUUUUCUGAAGAUCACCGGGAGGGAUGAAGUAAACAACAGUUCCUGAAGUGCUUAGCUUCAUGCAUCACUGAUGAUGUGAGGUCAGGAAUUCAGGUUUGCGUUUUCAUUUUUUUAUCUGCUGUAUCUUCCUCCUCUACCAUCUGGAGUCGUGAAGCACUUCCUUCCUUUUGCCGGGGGUCCAUCUGUCCUGAUUUGAAGACCCUCAUGGUUUUGUCUUUUAAAUCAUCUUUGCGGGUCCAGGUCUGGUUCUUUCCCUAAAGCUUUGUAGUUAGUGGAGUUUGCAGACAUCAGCUGAACUUCUCAGAGGGGUGUAGCCUUGCCCUUAUAAGGCGAAAGCAACUGAGUGGAAAAGUAUUUGAAUUUGUGGUGGUACUGCUUCACUGCCUUUUCAUGUCUGCAUAGUCUGGAACUGGUGCUUUUCUUCACUCUUGGUUCCUCUUCUUGGAAGCGUUUGCACAGAGGAUGUUUGCUGCCAGACAAUUGGAGCUUUUGUGAUCAGUGUGGGAGGCAUGCGUAUGGGCGCUCUGUCAUCUACCUCGCUCUGUAAUGAGCUCUCAACAUUGAGUUGGUGCAGCUCAUGAGAAGAGGAGGCUGGUUCUGGAUCUGCCCUCAGGCCAAAUACGCAUCGUAACUUUGAAACCCACACACUCACAAGCAGGCAAACACAUUAGAGAGUGUAAACAAGGAUUUUUGGAUGCUGUAACGCUGCUGGAUCUGACUUUGCGUGCUCAGCUUCUGAUGACAGUCUGGAGCUCCCGUUUUUAGCAUGACUUGAGAUCAGCAGUAGUAUCUUACGUGGAUCGACUGCUAGGAUUUAAACCUGGAAAGGACACUCUGCUGGGACUGUCUUCAGAAAUCAACAUGACUGGAGCACCGUGGUACCAUCGAGACAUCAGUCGCGUGCGAGCUGAAGAACUGCUGGCCCAUGCUGGAAUUGAUGGCAGCUUCCUGGUAAGAGACAGCGAAUCUGUGCCUGGAGCCUACGCCUUGUGUCUGCUGUUUCAGCGGCAUGUUCAUACAUAUCGAAUUCUCCCUGAUGCAGAUGGAUUAUUGGCUGUGCAGGCCACCCAGGGAGUGCAGGUGAACUGUUUCCGUACUCUUGGUGACUUAGUUCUGGGGUAUCAAAACCCAAACAAAGGUCUGGUGGCCCCAUUGCUUUACCCUGUUAUGCGGGAAUCAGAGGCCAAUGAUGAAAGCUCAGAUGGUGACGAUGAGAAGCCAGGAUCAACAUUUGCCAACUCACCACCACGUGCAAUAUCCCCGACUGCCCCCCUUCCGCCUUCCAGUUCAGCAGCCCCCCAUUUACUGCUACAGAGGCUUCAGGAGCUCAGCCCAAAUAGUGUGGGCUGUGAGAUCGUCUCAUUACUGGAUGAGUAUCUGCAUGGGAAUGUGUGUAAGGAUCUGGAGAAUGUGAAAGGAGGCGCGUCAGGACUGCAGCACUUUCAGGGCAUCCUCAGCCGCAUAUGUGACAGUCUCCACAGUGAGAUUGACCAGACUCUGUCCAGUUUGGAGACUUUGGCCAAAGUGUUCGACCAUCCUAGUGGACAUCUCCCCUUCUCCACAAUGCAGAAUACAGGGAAAAGCCCUGAAGAAAACAUGGAUAAUCUACUUCAGAAGCUCACAACGCUCUGUAACCUGUUGUCUUCUCUGGAGAAAAGGGUUCUCAAAGCAUUGCAAGAGGCUGUAGCCAAUCACAAUUUAUCAUUACAACCAGCCACGCCCCCUGAGUCCAUCAGAGCUCCAAAAAAACUAUCCAGACCCAAUCCUGUCCACAGCUUUCAGGUCAAGGUGGUCAGGUAUGGGAGGCAAACAGUGUCGGUGGAUAUCAAUGAAGGUGUGCUGCUGUUUGACAAAAAGUCUGGCUCAUUUGGUGUGGAGGCUGUGACACUUGACAGGAUCGUGCAGUUGGUGAAGUUUCAGAGAGGCCCUGCCAAACUAAAGAUAGUUGUGGACAGUCAUCACAACCCACCAAGAGAACUGGUGUUCGAGAGCACAAAGAAACGGGAAGCCUUCUGCCGGCUGCUGCAGCUUAUGAAGGCUGCUCACUCGCAGCAGUCUGAGCUGGACGUCAUCUCUGUGUUUGUGGGCACCUGGAAUAUGGGGGGCACUCCGCCACCCGGUUCACUGCAGUCUUGGGUUACAUGCAGUGGUUUGGGUCUCACCCCAGAUGAAUCCAUCAGCUCCCUGCCUCAUGAUAUUUAUGCAUUGGGCACUCAGGACAACCCGCAGGGCGAGAGAGAGUGGGCUGAACACAUCAGAGCUACACUGCGCACUUCAACCAACAUCGAUUACAAACAGGUGGCAGUACAAUCCCUUUGGAACAUCAGACUGGCUGUGUUUGUGAAGCCAGAGCAUGAAGCGCGCAUCAGUCAAGUAAACACAGCGAGUGUAAAAACUGGCCUGGGGAAUACACUUGGAAAUAAGGGAGCAGUAGGAGUUUCUCUUCUCUUUAAUGGCACCUCAAUGGGCUUUGUGAACUGCCAUUUGACAUCUGGAAGUGAUAAAGCACUCAGGAGGAACCACAACUUCCAAGACAUCCUCAGGCUCUUGUCUCUUGGAGAAAAACAGCUCAGCACUUUCGACAUUAGCCUUCGCUUUAAUCAUCUCUUUUGGUGUGGAGACCUCAACUAUCGCCUGGACCUGGACGCACUGGACAUACUGAAGCAUGUUUCAAAGCGAGAAUUCGAGGAGCUGAUGUGCGCAGACCAAUUGACCAGAGAGCGGCACAGAAGAAAGGCCUUUUUUAACUUUAAGGAGGAGAAGAUCAUGUUUCCUCCAACCUAUCGAUAUGAACGUGGUUCUAGAGACUGUUAUCUUUGGCAGAAAUACAAGUCCAGUGGGGUGCAGGUCAAUGGGCCCUCAUGGUGUGACAGAGUUUUGUGGAAGUCCUACCCAGAGUCUCAUGUAAUCUGUACCUCAUAUGGGUGUACAGAUGACAUCUUCACCAGUGAGCACUCUCCUGUGUUUGCAACAUUUGAAGUGGGUGUUAUAUCACAGUUUCCCAGAACUGAGUCCGGUUCAGAGAGAGCCAGCAUUGAACUGGAGGCGAUUGAGGCUAUAGUGAAAACUUCUAGCAAGGCCAAGUUUUUCAUCGAGUUCCACUCCCGCUGUCUGGAAGAGCCUCGUCGAUCAGCUGAAAAUGACUCGCAGUACAGUGAGGUGCCAGGGUUUCUCAAACUUGGCUGGUCGUCAAAACAGUUGCCCAAGCUCCACCCAGUGUUCUCGGAUUUAGAGCAUCUGCGGGAUCAGCACUUGCUGUUGUCUGUGAAGUCAUGUGAUGGCUUUGAGUCAUACGGGGAGUGCUGUGUGGCUCUUCGCUCAACAGGAGGGAAAUUAUUGGACACAUUUGAGACAUGCUUGACCCACAGAGGAGAAGAGAUGGGCUCUAUUCGAGGUCGAUUCAGAGUAUACGUACCACCAGACCGCCGAAGGAUCCGGGAAAGAGUCUAUGAGUGGCUCAGCAUUGAGAAGGAUAAGAAGGUAAUGAUGAAGGACCAACUGUCUCCCCCUUCGUCCAGUGCAUUCUAUAUCAAAGCACCAUCAGCCUCAUAUGUGGCAUCUCCAAACAGCUACACCAAUCCUGCAUACUUCAUCUUUGAGGAGAUGCCCGUGUUUCGGAAAGCCGAAGAGAUUCCUUCAACUAUUAAAGAAUCCCAAGUAGUAUGUGCCAAUAACACUGUGAUACAGCUGCCUAGAGUGACUGGAAGCCACGGCCUUGGCAAAAGGUCUGCUCGGAGGUCCGACUUCACAGAAAUCGAGAUUCCUGGCUCCUUAGCACCCUAUAAACCAUCUUGCGAGACUCAGAUUGAACGUUCAUCCACUGCAUCCUCUUAUCAGCUUUUUCCGGGUCCACAUGUCCCUAAUACAUCCCCAAACCCAAGACACACCACACAUUCCUCAAAUUCAUCUUUACAGCUACAGUCCCAUAAGAACUAUAUGGCACAGGAUUCAGAAUUAUCAGGCAAAAAACUCACAAACUCAUACAUGAACCAUUCUGUUUUUUCCCGGGACGUACAGAAAGAAAAAGUCGGAAAAGACUAUCAAGGUGUGCACCAAGGUCGGCCUGUGCCAAUCCGAAAUGGACCAAAGCUGUACCCUUAUAUGUCACCCACUAGAGUUCCUGUCCAGUCUUCAGCUCCCUGGAUAGUAGAGCAGCCCACUUCAGCUUCAGGAGACAACUCACUCACAGCCCUCCAGAUUGCUAAAUCACUCAGUGAGGUGGACUUUCAGCCAGCAGACAGAAAGUAUCACUUUCAUCAAAUGUCGCCUCAACAAAGGCAUCAUGGGUAUGAUUAUGGCUUAGCCAGUGAGAGAAACUACAGUUGGGAGAAAGAGGUGUCAGUCUUACACGGAGCCCCAGAAACAGUGCGGGAGCUCCUCAGCACUCUGGGUUUGCAGCGAUACACGCUAGAUCUCAGCCGAAGUGGAUGGGAUGAUCUUGAUUAUUUCAGUGGUAUUACAGAGGAGGAGCUGUGUGCAGCUGGUGUGUCUAACCCAUCUCAUCGACGAAGAAUCUUGGAGAACCUUCCCAAGAUCUGGGACUGAACACAAAGAGACUAUCUGGUGUCUUAUCAGGAGACUAUGUAUGAUUAGAUUGAUAUUUGUAUUCCUGAUACACAAUUUCUUACCUUUCCAAGUUUAAAUUCCAUUCAGAAUAAAGUUCAACACACCAGUUCCACUAUCCCUGUGGUCCCAAACACACAGUGUGGAAUAAACCACAGUCUUAAUACUUGCUUCUAACAAUCCAAACAAAUAGAACACAGAGUCUUUCAUUGUCUUGUCAGUGCUGAACAUCCUAAUGCUUUUACUUAGAUACUGUGUAUAUAAUAGCACAACACGAACAAUGACUUAUGAAAUUUUGUUUUUGCUUUAAUACAUUGUCUGGUCACUUUUUCAUAUCUUGUCUGAGUCCCUGUUUCAGCGUACUCACAGUAUUUAUUAAUAGGUGACCAAUAAUAGCCAUAUGUUACCUUUUGAAUGUGCAUAAACAAAGAUGUCAGCUGGUCAAUUUAA